ACAAAAAUAUUAUACUGAUAAACAGAAAGGAAGGCAGAUACGCGACACGACACCAGUGUUCGUUCCAUCGACUUCAGCCACUCAUUGUACGGUGCGGCACUUCGUCAAACACUUGGUGGGCAUAGCUUCUAUGGCCGGCAGCAUUUUCUCCAACAAUCCAUUCUUCAGCAGCCCAGGAAAAAGAUUUUUCGCUAGAAUUCAGCUGCCAGAGAAUGCUGGUGCAGGUUUGCCUGCUGCAAUGAAGAAAGUGGAACGGUAUUCUGUUCAGAAAGUCACUGGCGAUGGACGAUGCCUGUUUCGUGCUCUGGUAAAGGGUAUGGCUCGCAAUAAGGGCAUGGCACUACGCCCCGGUGAAGAAAGAGAAAAUGCAGAUGAGUUACGGAUGGCUGUAAAAGAAGUUAUAUGUGACAAUGAAAAAGAGCGUCUACAACACCAAGAGGCCUUGGUUGCAAUAACUGUUGAGGAAUCUUUGAGACGUUAUUGCCAGCGAAUUGGAAGGCCUGAUUUUUGGGGUGGGGAGGCUGAGCUUCUGGUGCUGUCCAAGUUGUGCCAGCAGCCAAUAGUUGUAUACAUUCCUGAACAUGAGUUGCAGUGCGGGCAAGGUGGGUGGAGGUCUGGUUUUAUUCCUAUUCAAGAAUAUGGAUCCGAGUUCGAUGAAGGUUUGAAAGAUGGAAAAGAGAAGCCUCAGAAGGUUGUUAGGCUGCUCUACUCUGGCAACAACCACUAUGAUCUGCUUAUCUGAGAAGGAUUUCAGCUGGGGUAUGUUCAUGUUUGAGACAGAUCGACAUGGAUUUGAAAGCUCUAAUAAUAGACAUAAACAGGCACUAGAGGAAGGAAAACAGUAUCAAAGGUGAUGGGAAGGCACAAGCUCUUCUUUGGUUGUGUGCAAGUAUGCAUCACACUAGGUGAUUAAUACAAUUUCUCUUCUGUUAUUAGGAUUGCCCUAAUAAAGUAUGGGUAGUCCAUAAACAGACCAAAUAGUAAAUUCAGAAUAAGGGGUGGGAUGAAAUAAGAUUGCAUCAUAAGCCACAAUCCACCCAAAAAAGAAGUUGAUUAAUUAAA